GAAAUUUAUUGACCUGAUUUUGUGCUUGUGCUUGUGUGGUUGCAGUCGGAUUGCGCCACCCACCAGUCCUAGGGCCUGCCUUCGUUGCCCAAAAUCCUACCAGACGGAUUAACUACUUGCCUAAAAGUGAAGAGAGGAGUCAUUCAGCAACCAUUACGGGCCAACAUUGUGAUUUGCACCAAGGUACAUGUAAUUGCAGAAAUGGAAACGGUCACGUGCCAAAGAACUCGAGGGUGCCAUGUACCUGCUCCUUUGACAUCGUCCCCCUCGUCGUCCACCAACAUCAGACCCCCACCAUCUUUGCGCUGGGACAUUGGACACCGCAACCACCGUUGGCCAAAGAAUAUCAUGUCCUCCUCAUCGGCCAGCCUUCCGGGAGGGCGCCCUGCCUUGGCGCCGGCAACAUAUUUCCCUCCGGGUGAGGAGAUUAUGCUACGGCCGCGGCGACAGCUGGCUUGCGUGCGUUGCCAGCAGCGCAAGGUCAAGUGCGAUCACAAAGAUCCGUGUGCCACAUGUGCCAAGGCGGGUGUGCCAUGUGUCGCAUCAAACCAAGUCCAGCGCCGUCGAAAGAGACGACUGCCAGAGAGGGAGCUCCUCGACCGGAUUCGCAACUAUGAGGAUUUGCUCACCCAGCACAACAUCAAGUUUGAACCGCUUCACCCACGCGGGCCGGAGUCAUCUGUCUCAGCACCCAAGGGGUCUCCCGACUCGCAUGUUGAGGAGCCAUGCGAAUCUGACGAUGAGCCCGGAACCACUACUGCCUCAUCUCACGCAGGUACCAGCUCUCCAAGGCGGAGGGUGCGCGCGGCCAAAUGUUGCACACAAUGAACCAAGAGUUCCGUGAUCGCACCGAUGGCGAC